CCGAGCACACCCGAGCGGACCAGAACCGCCGCCGCCGCCGUCACCACAAGAGAGACCGUCACCGGCACGCGCCCUUGCUCGCCGUUCCUAGCUGCCACCGCACGACCUUGCUCGCCGUCGCCGCCACCCGCCCUGGUCGGCAGCGCCGCCGCUACACCUCCUUCCCUCCGGGCUCCUGCCCGCAGCCAGCACCGCUGUGUUGAGUCCAGCACCUUGAAGAAUUUCUACCGUCCGUUCAGGAUCGCCCGUCUGCUGCGGAGCGGGCAUGAAGGCCGGGAGGAAGAACCUGCGUCGCGCGUGCCAGGAGGGCACCGCCGUCACGCUCGCCGAGGGCGAGAGCAUCAUGCAGGUCGUCACGCUGCGCGGCUCCAACCUCAUCGAGGUCACGGACGGCGAGGGCGUCAAGUCUCUAGCCCUCUUCCCCGCCAAGUUCCAGAAGAGCUUCUGGAUCAAGAACGGGAAUUUCGUGGUUGUGGAUGCUAGUGGGAGGGAUGAGGCUCUCGAAUCUGGAAGCAAGAUAGCCUGUGUCGUGUCGCGAGUCCUCUUUCACGACCAGGUUCGCGCUCUUGAGAAAUCUGGCGAAUGGCCGGCUAUCUUCAAGUCAACUCCCAAUGGGUGGGCGACUGGGCCAGAAGGAACGACAUCGCAAGUUGAGGAAGAGCAGAACUCUGAUGAAGAUGAAGAUGAUGAUAUGCCGCCACUUGAGGCUAACACGAACAGAAAUAGACCGUUUGACGUGCAUUCUGAUACAGAAUGUGACUCUGAUUCUUGAACUGGUAGACGACUUGGGAAUAGUCGUGGACGAUGUCAUCCUAUGGUUACCGUCCACCUGUACACCUGAUGUAUUUAUGCUCGUCAAGUUUGGGUGCGAUACGAUACGCUGCCCAAUCUGUCAAAGAUAUAGUCAGUGCGUUUUGUCGACGUUAAGUGGCAUGGCAUGUUGAGGCUCGUCUACCUGUACCGUAAUAUGAACAAAACAACUAUACUCCAUAUGUUGCACCUUAUUCUGGAUGUUA